ACCUCGCUGGGAUUUCCCAGUCCCAAACCUGAGCUGAUUGCCCGGCUGGAACGAGGGGAAGAGCCGUGGGUCCUGGAUCUCCAGGUCUCUGAGAAAAAGGAGGUCAUGCAAGUCACCCACACAGACAGUAACUCCUGUCUGGAUUCUCUCUCUCUCCCAACAGGUGAUGAGACCCUGAGUGAGAACAAGGAGGUGAAUUGGCAGGUGGAACCAGAGAGGACCUUUUUAAUAGGAGCUGAAGGGAAUUUUUCCCAGUGCUUGGAACAGGGAGAAGCCUGGGGAAAUCGGGGUGGGUCAGAGAGGCAGCUGGGAAACCAGCCAAGGAAGAAGGUGGAUGAAUCUAUUCAAGGUGGGGGAGGAUGCACAGAUCCCAAGGAAACCACCACCGAGCAGACAAAUCCCAAGGAUGAGAAACCCUACAAAUGCCUUGACUGUGGGAAAAGCUUCAGUGUAAGAACCAACCUUAUUACGCACUGGAAAAACCACACGGGAGAGAAGCCCUAUAAAUGCUUGGACUGCGGGAAAAGUUUCCGUCAGAGCUCACACCUUAUUACCCAUCAGAGACUGCACACGGGAGAGAGACCCUAUAAAUGCCUAGAGUGCGGGAAAAGUUUCAACGUGAGGUCGGCCCUUAUUGCGCAUCAGAGAACGCACACGGGAGAGAAACCCUAUAAGUGCCUGGACUGUGGGAAAAGCUUCAAUGUGAGAUCAGCCGUUAUUAGACAUCAGAGAAUCCACACAGGAGAGAAACCUUAUAAAUGCCUGGACUGUGGGAAAAGCUUCAGUCAGAGCUCCAGCCUCACUAAACAUCGGAGAACCCACACGGGCGAGCGACCCUAUAACUGCCUCAUGUGUGGGAAAAGUUUUAGCGACAGCUCGUCCCUUAUUAAACAUGGGAGAACCCACACGGGAGAGAGACCCUAUAAAUGCCUGGACUGUGGGAAAUGUUUCAAUCUGCGAUCAGCUCUUCUUGCACAUCAAAGAACCCACACGGGAGAGAAGCCCCAUAAAUGCCUGGACUGUGGGAAAAGCUUCAGUCAGAGCUCAAAUCUUGUUACGCAUCAGAGAACCCACACGGGGGAUAAACCCUAUAAAUGCCUCCACUGUGGGAAACGGUUUAACGUCAGUUCAGCCGUUAUUACGCAUCAGAGAACCCACACGGGAGAGAAGCCCUAUAAAUGCCUGGACUGUGGGAAAAGCUUCAGUCACAGCUCAAACCUCACUAAACAUCAGGGAAUUCAUGAGGGGGAGAGAACCUAUAAGUGGGAUAGGUUUCAGUAGGAAGUCAACCCUUAAUACUUACCAGGAGACCCCAGCAUGGGAGAGAUACCUCAGAAGUGUCUCUGUUGAGGGAAAAGUUACAUUCACAGAUUA